AUGAAGAGAGGUUACACCAGCGUUAAUUCGAGUUGCACCAAGUAUGAAUGGCGGAUCAGUAACUUGGACUUGCAUUUGCGCGCAAGCAAUACAGGACUCAACAGCUACUUGAGUUCUCCGCCGUUUUCAGCAGUAGAUGCAGAUCGAGUACACACAAUGAUGAAGAAAGACCAUUUAUUGUUUGAUUCUGUGGAGCGCACAGUUCUUGAAUUAUCAAAAAAAAAACUAUUAGAGAAUGAAAGUAAGAAUAUACCCAACAAUAGUUUAACCGUAGGUCUAGAGUUAACAAUUUACGAGUCAUGUAAUAACUCUACUGAAGAUUUCUUUGUACCAUCAAAACGUCCAAUGUCUGAAGAUUACAAGACCCUUUACAGUAGUAAAAUUGGAAGUGAUGUUCUAAUAAAUGUAGAUGGGCAAAAGUUCAGCGCGCACAAAACUAUUCUAAUCGCCAGGAGUGUAAUUUUUACUUCAAAAUUUCUGAUGGAGACGGAUAAAGAAAUAAAAGAAUUAGAACUACAAGAUAUAACCCCCAACAAUUUCGAAAAAUUGUUAGAGUUCAUUUACACAGAUGAAGUUAGAGAUUUAGAUAUUCAUGCCUAUGAUUUACUGGAAGCAGCGAAUAAAUAUUUAAUUCAAACGUUAAAAGACUUAUGUGAAGAAUCUAUUUCACGAACUUUAUCGGAAACAAAUGUUUUCAAAGCACUCAGACUAGCUGAUCGUUUGAAUUCCAAAAGUUUACUAAAAUGUGUUAUGGACUUCAUCUAUUUAAACAUAAACGAUUUAAUCGAAACUCAAGAUUACCUAAAACUUGAGAAUGAAAACCCAGAUUUAGCCUUUCGUUUAUUGAAAAAUUCAUUGAUAUUGGUUGGGAAAGAUAAAUAA